AUGCUACAGACCUUGAAAACUGUAAUAAGGUUAUGUUCAAGUCUAAACCCUGCCAACCUUCUUGCUAAUUUACAGGGCAACCUGAGUGAACUGGGGAAGCUGCUGAUGCAGGGAUCCUUUAAUGUGUGGACAGACCAUAAAAAAGGCCAUAGCAAGGUGAAGGACCUGGCCAGGUUUAAGCCCAUGCAGAGGCACCUCUUCCUGUAUGAUAAGAUGCUACUGUUCUGUAAGAAACGGGAGGAGAGCGCUGAGGGACAUGAGAAGACCCCAUCAUACAGCUUUAAGCACUCGCUAAAGAUGAGCUCGGUGGGGAUAACAGAAAAUGUCAAAGGGGACAACAAAAAGUUUGAGGUGUGGUACAAUGGCAGAGAAGAAGUUUACAUCAUCCAGGCUCCCUCCAUGGAUGUGAAGAAUAUGUGGGUGUCAGAGAUCCGUAAAGUUCUUACAGGCCAGCUAGAAGCAUGCAGAGAGGCCAGCCAGAACAAUAACUAUGGAGUCCCAAUGAGGAAUGUCCGGAAGAUGGGCCUGAGACAGUCAGAUUCAUCUAAUCCAGAGUCAGUAUUCAGGAGAGCUAACCCGAGUCCCAACAUGAGGCAGAAAAAAGCUGAUGCUUCAGUCCACUCAGCUGUUAACGCUCAGAAGCAUUUCACCUUGCAGGGACUUUCCAACAGGAGGUCUCUUCCAGCAGAACCUACAGUAAAAGAGGCAGAGGCCACUCGACGCUUCUCUCUCACUUCCUCUCUUGCCUCCUCUUCCUCUGCCAUGCGACGCACCAAAGGUCCCCUCUCUGCUAGCAUUAAGAGCAAGAGACACGAGAUAAAGAGUGAUCCCACUCCCUUUGGCUAUGAAGAUACGCUAUGUGGUGCAAUGGCUGCAGGCAGGAAGCGGCAGAGCAUGACCAGCAGCAUCGCUGGUGGUUCUGGUGGCAAAGCAGCCGUCCCCAGAUCAACCUCACAGCCAGGCUGGACCCAGAGACGUCUCCUCUCCAUGGACACAGAGGACUUUGAGACAAUUCCGUCCAGCGGAGAGGAGUCCUCCAACUCUUCUGAGGAUGAAGCCAACAAUAAGAAUGGUGGCAGCAGCCGGUACCGGGUGCAGCUGACAUAUGCGUCAUGUGAAGCAAAGGACCUCCAGUUUCUGGAGGAAGGACAAAAUGGAAACUGAUAUCUUCAGUGAUCUGUGUACAGCAGCAUUCUCUGAGUCUGAAGAAAACAGUGUCAGACCUUGGGAAGAUGUGUCUCAGGACUGCAAGUAAAUACCAGUGGACUGUUGUAAUCCAUUUGACUUUGAUCUCAGACAUUGAUCAGCUUAAUAACUGCAGUCUUCAACAUGUAAUUUAAAAGGAUUAUAACUACUUGUAUUUCUUUUUAAUGGACUACAGAUAUGCCUUGCUCUUAGUGUUGUAUUUUUUUUUUCUUUGAUUCACUGAUGUGAAACUCCUGCAGGAAUAAGCUGGAACUUUCUCGAGUGUCACUAUUAGAAAGCCUUCUGUAUUUGUAAAAUCAUUUCUACUAGGGAUGCGCAAUAUAUCAGCACUAACAUCAGUAUCGAUCGAUUAGUAACUUUUUUAAUACAUCGAUUUGAUAAAUCAAACUGGACCAAUAUUAACAACUGAUAUUUUUUUGUAUCUUGUUGCCAUUUGUUUUUGGACGGGAGAGAAGGAGGUUGGUCGUGUGGUAUUUGUUUGGUCAAACCUCAAACAGAGAAGCACUGGGAAAGUCAAACAUAUAUAAUAUUGGUUAUUAGCCAUAACAGCAAUAUUAGUAUAGCUAUUGAUAUUGGCCCAAAUGAUCAUAUUGUUGCAUCCCUAAUUUUUACUCCCACUGAGUGGAACAGCUAUAUACAGUACACACAUCUCAUAACUUCAGAUUUACAGUCUCUUCAGAAACUAUUCAGAGCCAUUCACAUAUUGCACUUUUUAAAAUUAUUUUCAAUUCAGUUAAAAAUGCUGCUGGUAAAAUGCGCUAAAUAUGUGAAAAGAUUAAAUUGGUAAAUGCUUGAUAUUCUUUAUUGUAUUCUGAGCCUCAGAGUAUUUAGUGUUUUAGUUUAUCAAAACGUUUUGCCACACUGGUCAAAAUUAUGAAGUGAAAAGGAAUUUUGGAUCCUGUUAAGGAAGAAUAUCUAAAUUAGUUAACUUUGGAAAAAGUUUGGCUCUCUCACUCUUCCUCUUAGAUCCCAGGUCCUCCUGGUGAGCCACGUGUGGCCACAAGGAAAACAACAAUGCGUGUUGACGUCACAGAAUUACA